AGCGCGCUCUGAAAGUUCGUGACCGCCUCAGCCAACUAACUUUUAGCCGGGUAGCGCAGCUCAGGCAGCGGCAGGACUCGAAAGCUGUUCCCGGUCCCAGUGCCCUUUCCAGAUCACCAGCGGCCACCCUCCAGGCCCGGUGCUCCCGCGCCUGAUCGGGGUUCAUGGAGCCGGGGCUGUGGCUCCUUCUCGGGCUCACAGUGACCUCCGCUGCAGGAUUUGUCCCUUGCCCCCAGGCUGGGGGCUCUGGCAGGACCAGUGUGUCCCAGGGCCCCCCUGAAGCUGGGUCAGAGGGGGACUGUGAAGAGACUGUGACUGGCCCUGGUGAGAGGACUGUGGCCUCAACAGCUGCACAGCCUGCAAAUCCUGGAAGUGCCGGGCAGGAUCAGGGACCAGGCAGGUCUGGGGAGCAGAAGGAGCAGGGGGCCCCUGCGCACCACCGACCUCGGCGCUGCACGUGCUUCACUUAUAAGGACAAGGAGUGCGUCUAUUACUGCCACCUGGACAUCAUCUGGAUCAACACUCCUGAACAGACUGUGCCCUAUGGACUGUCCAACUACAGAGGAAGCCUUCGGGGAAAGAGGUCCUCAGGGCCAUUUCCGGAAAACUCCCAACCUUCUCCACGGACACGCUUGCGCUGCGCUUGUACAGGGAUGGAUGACAAGGCCUGUGCACACUUCUGUGCACACACUGCAGAUGUCAACAGUGAUUCCUGGAGAGCAGGAAGACCAGCUGCAGAAGAGGAGGGGGAGACCAGAGGCCCACGCCAGAGGAUGAAGUCAAGGACAGACAAAGCGGGCCGGCCAUAGCAGGCCGCUACCAUGCUUCUUGCUUUCCAUAGCGGACUUCACCCUCGCUCUCCCUGCCUACCAGCUGCCUUCCACGAAAGAGCCAUUGUGCUUAUGCUGACAAGGUUCAAAUUUCCUGUUUAGGGACAAGGGGGGAAUUGCCCUGAGUAGAAAAGAAAGGAAGACCCACCUAAAGAGCCUCCACUUACUGGUACACCCCUACCCCAAGAAUGCCCAAGUCCAAAGGACCCCAGCUUCCCUAAUGGGAAAAAUGAUCCCAGAUGUGCCCUGGGGGCCAGAUGCCUUCGGCUCCAGUUUCACAAGGAAGUUGUUUGGGAGGUAUGUUAAGUCAGAAAGCUACUUACUGGCUUUUGACAUGAUUCCUCUUGGAGAGUAAGUGGACACCAGGCUGGCUCUUUACAAAAGUAAACACACAUCCAUCUCCUAGAAGAUGCAGGACACCCAUGUGGCUGGAGCAGCUCUGCUUCUGCAGCCCGCCAGGCCUGUGUGAGUCAGAGGCUGCUUGAGAUCUGGGUCCUCGCUAUGCUAUGGUCUGUGAAUUUGCAGUUCAUAGGAUCUAGAAACUUCUAGCUGUGCUUGGUACUCACCAAAAGAGUGGAUCUCAGAAACAGGAAGAGAAGGAAGACAAGAAACCUCGAUGUGCAUGAGACAAAAAAGUGAAAAUGCAUCCCUGAUGGUUUUGAACUUGGGGCACGCAGCAAAGAACCGUGGGUUCUGUGGAUGGCCUCUGUGUCAGAGCUUCCAAGCCUGCCUUGCGGGGAGCUGCCCUGAGGAGAGUCUGGCUCAAGGCUAUUAGGCUGAAUAUCUGCUUUCAUGAAUAAAUGUGGUUCUUUAGAGAGUGGCUUCAAAAUAAGCUGGAAACACAAACUCUUUGUACAUUAUGUAAAUUCCUGUUUAUCUAUAUAAUUGGCAACAACUGGGACUUGUGACUCCUGGUGGUUCAAAAUCUUUUAGCUGAACUCUUUCUGCUGUGCUCAUGGUGAGUGUGUGUGUGUGUGUGUGUGUGUGUGUGUGUGUGUGUGUGUGUGUGUUGGGGGUGGACUGUGAGUUCCCAUGUAGACUCUGCUCUGCAGACCCAGCUGGGGACAGUCUGCCCACCUCCCCACCAGGCCUCACAGCAAUGAGAACCUGUCUUUGGGCGUGUGCCAGGGCACCAUGCGGAGACACUUUAGCUGGUGUGUGAAAUGGGGCCUUCACCAGAUGUUGAACUUCAGAGGAGGGCCUCCUAAGUUAUUACAGGUGUGAACGUGCCUGUCUUUUGAGGCAGGAGGGUUAGAGUGACUGUUAGCUGAGGGGGAUGUACAGUUUAGAGAAGUAAUUAUUUAUUGGGGAACUGUUUUCUACUUAACUCCUUUAUGGGACCUAUUAAAAGUAAAGGCACUGUAGAUAGGUAGAUAGACAGACAAACGGAUAGAUUUUAAAUUGUGUUCAGGAUCCAAAAAUCAUAUUCCUUAGAACCAGAGUAUGUUUAAGCACAUAUGUACUGUUUGGCACAGUGGCCAGAUUGUAUCUCAAAGACAAAUCCACUCGUUGU